AUGGGGGAAAACACAUUUUUCCCCCUGACUGUGAACGCCACCUUUUUGUUUUUGCAGGUAACUUUCCGUACGAGGAUCUAUCACUGCAACAUCAACAGUCAGGGGGUGAUCUGUCUGGACAUCCUGAAGGACAACUGGAGCCCCGCCCUCACCAUCUCCAAGGUGCUGCUGUCCAUCUGCUCCCUGCUCACAGACUGUAACCCAGCCGACCCCCUGGUGGGAAGCAUCGCCACCCAGUACACGACUAACAGAGUGGAGCAUGACCGAACAGCCAAACAGUGGACGAAGAGAUACGCCACAUAAACCCACAGAAGACGACGAAGGGUGAAGAAGAGAAGGGGGAGGGGGGCUGCGGGUUGUUGUUUUUGGGGGGUUAUUUCUAUCUCAGAUUUGUAGUGCUUUAUUGUCUGGUAUAUUUUUUGCUUCCUGAUUAAGUUAUCUCCACAAAUAUGGUAAUAAAGGAACACAAUGGAAA